AGUCUGUGUUCACAAGUGUCAGCCACCAUCAGUCUUCAGUCACCUGUUGCCGAGUGCGAAGGCAGGAGAUCAAAGCUCCUUUACAUGAACCAAAAAGGGUAAAAAAAUGGAACCUUCACCUGACUGUAGCACAAACUGUGUGAGCAACGGAACUACAGACAAUUUGUACGUCGGCGAUUCUGCCGAAAGUGAUGAAACUGUCGAGGAGUACGAUCCCUCCAUUUGUAAUGGAGUGACGCAACCAAGUGAAUCUCUGGGCAUCACCUACAAAAUUAGUGAAAGAGGGGAUUUAGACCCGAACAACUCCGCCAGUACGAAUAGGACGAUUAAUCCGAUGGCUGGACAGGACGAAGAUCCGUUGUGUCACGAAAAUAAUUGUGAGGAAGCCACGGAAAAACAUACCACGAAACUUGAGGUUUUCCUGAAGUUGGGUGCCACAUUUCUUUAUGUUUUUAAUGUGACAAAGUUUUAUGACACUAUUAUUUACCAAAGCUACGACAAUUUUUCGGUUUAUAGUUUGACGAGCAUAAUUUAUUUAAUAUCAGCAUUUGUGACAACAUGUUUUAGUUGGAAUAUAAAUCAAUUUAAGCCAGAACAAAAGGAAUAUAAUUUUUAUACACGUGGAAUUUUAAUCGCUGCAUUUGCAUCUUUCGAAAUCUACCAUAUUUACUUUAGAAUUAUUUCUGGGCCACAAAGCUAUGGCCAGAUUUCUUUAACUAUUCUUUGGCAUCUGUUUACGACGAUAACACUUUUUAUUAUCUUCCAGCUAUUUACUUUGGAAAUAUAUGUACUGAUGUCCGUUUAUGCUAUUAAAUCUCUAAGCAAAAGUCGGGAAGGACAGCAGGAUUAUUAUUACCUGCUGACGAAAACUCAGGCCGACGUUGGACUUCUUGGUCUAUUGGAUGGAGCUUUCAGAACAAUACCACACCAGAUUUUGCAGAUAUACAAUUUUUUCAAAUUUGGGUUCAACUUGGGAACUUUUUGGUAUUUUGACCAGAUUGCAGUACUUUUCUCAUUUUUCGCCAUAGCUUGGUGUUCAACAUCUUACCAGUCCUCACUCAGGGUGCAUCUCCCAAACAAAUAUGACAUGAACCUAAAGACUAAGUGCUGGUAUUAUACUUGGAGUUUUUUUAUCUGUAUUUCAAGAAUAUUGUGUAUUGGCGCUAUAGCAGCCCUUUGGCCCGUUGCUGUUGUAAUUUUGUCAUUUGGGCAUUGUGCAGGAUGGGCUUUUUGGUUGUGGUGGAACCAUCCAUCACUUGAUUUUACCCGUAAUAGUAAAUAUUGGCACAUACUCUUUUGCUGUGUGAUUGGUGUCGUCUAUUUUACGUUUCCAAUUAACUUAGACGAUAAACCGACAAAAAAGAAAUAUUGUGUAUUUUAUGGUUUAAUGUUGUUGAAGAAUUGUGUAGGGAUACUAAUUUGGUACUUUAAUGAAGACGCAUCAUGGGGUUACUUUGUACUAAUUCUAGCAAUAGGUAGUACUGGUCUUGGAAUGAUAUUUCAGAUAUUAUACUACGCUUACUAUCAUCCCACUAAAGUGUAUGACAAAAAUAUAGCAGUACCAGUUCAAUAGCAUCCAUAUGGUAUAAUUAUUUAUUAUAUUUAUUAUUUUUAUUAUUACUUUUUUGUAUGAUGUUUUUUUAAUUAGUAAAUAACUAUAUUAUUUGCA